AGAUAUAUAUAUGUCGAGGUAGAAGAGAGACCGUAGAUCUAGAAGCUAUAUUCUCACGGUUGUGUCUUAGCAGUAAGGCUAGCGUGCGACAAAGCCACUACUAGGUAAAUCCAUUGUGUUGGGUGAGACCAAUGUUACCAUCAUCUUAUACGCACAUAGCCCCCAAUAACUACCUAACCAACAAAAUCUCAGCUGACAUAAAUAGCAAAGCUGGGUGCCCAAGAAGUGCAACAAUUGCACAGCACCGGCCACCCCAGCAUUGUCAGCCCUAACAAAUAGAGAACCUUAACUCUCAAAAGGUGAGCAGUCAUAAAGUCAAUAAGGCUCGCCCCAUCGAGUGAGUAUGUUAGUUUCCUUUCUCUCUCGGGUUUUCGUUUUCUCGAUCCCAAGUUACCCUCCAUCACCUUCAACAAUACCACCAGAGGAAAUCAUAAAAACAGAAUGUCAAGAUUGUCGCUUGCCCUCAAAGUUGCCGUAGGCCUGCUUAUGGUCGAUUCGAUCAUCGAAUUAGCAUUUGUCAGUAGCAUGGUCGCAUGGUUACAUCGGACAGCUAGUAAGGGGUUCUCAUUCAACUAUGGCGGCUCAACAUAUCAUCUGGCCGGCGAUCCAGUUCAUAUAAUGACUGACCAAGGGCAUACGAGUAACGGCGCCGCUGGAACUGCCUUCGUUCUCAUCGGGCUGGGCGGCAUACUCGCAUUCUUGCUCCGGUCCUGGUCUCAGAAUAAAUAUGGCGAGCUGGGAACCUUCGCACGAUUUAUAUACUACCUUUGGGUAUCGCUAAACAUUCCGGCACUCCUCCUCACUACUGGGGCACUCGCCUAUGUGUUCGCAGUUACAAACGCGCACGAGGGGCAAAGCAUUGACGUCCCCUUAGCUACCACUUUGGAUAGUAGCAAGUACCCAUUGGAGUUCUGGACGCCACAGAAUUGGUUCUCGGCUGUGCUUCAGCUAGACCUAGUCGACGCAAGAGACGAUAUAGAAAGUCACGUACGCGUGAUGAGGGGGUGGCAGUACAACUUGAUUCCGAUGUUCAUCGUUCAGCUUGGCGUUACUAUUCUUGCGGUAUGGAAAUUCAUCGGCUGGCGACGGCAAGAGGUCUUUAAUCGCGGGGAGAAGUAGUACAAGAGGGUAUUAGGUAUCCGCAAAUUACCUAGUUAAAUGUCUUUCGUGUUUGGAAUUCAGGUAUGGUGGAGAAAUCUGGCAAAAUAUCGUUGUGCUUCUGUUGAAAUAAAGGGGGAUACUCUCGGGUAUAAAUUCGGCUUGUUCGUCUAAUAAGAGACUAGCUAUA